AAUAGUGAAUACAAGUACGCUGCGUAGCCUCGUGAUGCAAACGACGGGGGAGCCAACUCGUUCCCUCGACGGCUCUCCAUUUCGGCUUGAUUUAUCCAUAGCUUCGCCGUUCACUGACCUUUAGGUUUAGAUAAAAGGGAAGCGGAAUGAAGUUUUAGACACUUUAUGUUGGCCUUCAAUGUUAGCCACAAUUUAAUUUCACAAUUUGUGUUUUUUCUUCUCGUCAUUUGCUGUGAGACGGCGAAGCAUUGAUGAUCCAGCGGGAAAGAAAGUAACCCUCCCUCCAGUGUGUUUCUCGCGGCGGUGGAUGAGUCGGAGGCUACGCGUCUGAGCAGCGGGCGUUUGGCGGAUCGGGCGAGUCGGGGGAGAGGCGCGACGUCAUGGCGGACGUGGACCCGGACACGCUGCUGGAGUGGCUGCAGAUGGGACAGGGCGACGAGCGCGACAUGCAGCUCAUCGCCCUCGAGCAGCUCUGCAUGCUCCUGCUCAUGUCCGACAACGUGGACCGCUGCUUCGAGACGUGUCCACCACGGACGUUCCUCCCGGCGCUGUGCAAGAUCUUCCUGGACGAGAGCGCCCCGGACAACGUGCUGGAAGUGACGGCCCGCGCCAUCACCUACUACCUGGACGUCUCGGCCGAGUGCACGCGGCGCAUCGUGGGCGUGGACGGAGCCAUCAAGGCCCUGUGCAACCGGCUGGUGGUGGUGGAGCUCAACAACCGCACCAGCCGCGACCUGGCGGAGCAGUGUGUCAAGGUGUUGGAGCUGAUCUGUACGCGGGAGUCGGGCGCGGUGUUUGAGGCGGGCGGUCUGAACUGCGUGCUGAGCUUCAUCCGGGACAGCGGUCACCUGGUGCACAAGGACACGCUGCACUCGGCCAUGGCUGUGGUCUCGCGCCUCUGCAGCAAGAUGGAGCCCCAGGACACCUCCCUGGAGACCUGCGUGGAGUCGCUGUCCAGCCUGCUCAAGCACGAAGACCAUCAGGUGUCUGACGGAGCGCUGCGCUGCUUCGCGUCGCUGGCGGACCGCUUCACGCGUCGCGGCGUGGACCCGGCGCCGCUGGCCACGCACGGCCUGACCGAGGAGCUGCUGUCGCGCAUGGCGGCCGCUGGCGGCGUGGCCACCGGCCCGUCGUCCGCCUGCAAACCCAGCCGCACCUCCACCGGGCCCACGCCGUCGGUCGCCGACUCCAAACUCAGCAACCAGGUGUCCACCAUCGUCAGCCUCCUGUCCACGCUGUGUCGCGGCUCCCCACUCGUCACUCAUGACUUGCUGCGCUCCGAGCUGCCCGACUCCAUGGAGAGCGCGCUGCAGGGGGACGAGCGCUGCGUGCUGGACACCAUGCGGCUGGUGGACCUGCUGCUGGUGCUGCUGUUCGAGGGACGCAAGGCGCUGCCCAAGUCCACGGCCGGCUCCAGCGGACGCAUCCCCGGCCUGCGGCGCCUGGACAGCUCCGGGGAGCGCUCGCACCGACAGCUCAUCGACUGUAUCCGCAGCAAAGACACGGACGCGCUCAUAGACGCCAUAGACACGGGAGCUUUUGAAGUGAAUUUCAUGGAUGACGUUGGACAGACUCUACUGAACUGGGCCUCAGCAUUCGGUACACAGGAGAUGGUGGAGUUUCUCUGUGAGAGAGGUGCUGAUGUCAACAGGGGUCAGAGGUCAUCCUCCCUCCACUACGCUGCCUGUUUCGGCCGACCUCAAGUUGCCAAGACUUUAUUACGCCACGGAGCGAAUCCUGACCUGAGAGACGAGGAUGGGAAGACCCCUCUGGACAAAGCCAGGGAGAGAGGUCACAGCGAGGUGGUGGCCAUCCUCCAGUCACCAGGGGACUGGAUGUGUCCUGUGAACAAAGGAGACGAGAAGAAGAAGAAAGAUGUGAACAAGGAGGAGGAGGAGGGCAGUGAACCCAAAGGAGAUCCUGAGAUGGCCCCCAUCUACCUGAAGAGGCUGCUUCCUGUUUUUGCACAAACCUUUCAGCAAACCAUGCUGCCUUCAAUUAGGAAAGCCAGCUUAGCCCUGAUCAGAAAAAUGGUGCACUACAGCUCCGAGGCGCUGCUCAAGGAGGUGUGUGACUCGGACGCCGGGCACAACCUGCCCACGGUGCUGGUGGAGAUCACCGCCACCGUCCUGGAUCAAGAGGAUGACGACGACGGACACCUACUGGCGCUGCAGAUCAUCAGAGAUCUCGUCGACAAAGGAGGGGACGUGUUCCUGGAUCAGCUUGCACGGCUGGGGGUCAUCAACAAGGUGUCCACUCUGGCCGGCCCUACCUCUGAUGACGAGAACGAGGAGGAGUCCAAACCUGAGAAGUGCUCAUCGCUCUCCUUUCUGCUCAAGGAGGAUGAGCCACAGGAAGAUGCCAAAGAGAUCCAGCAGGGCAAGCCGUACCACUGGCGCGACUGGUCCAUCAUCCGCGGCCGCGACUGCCUCUACAUCUGGAGCGACGCGGCGGCGCUCGAGCUCUCCAACGGCAGCAACGGCUGGUUCCGCUUCAUCCUGGACGGCAAGCUGGCCACCAUGUACUCCAGCGGCAGCCCCGAGGGGGGCUCUGACAGCUCAGAGAGCCGUAGCGAGUUCCUGGAGAAGCUCCAGCGUGCCCGCAGCCAGGUGAAGCCUGUGACGGCCAGCCAGCCCAUCCUCUCGGCCGUGGGCCCCACCAAGCUCACGGUGGGCAACUGGUCACUGACCUGCCUGAAGGAGGGCGAGAUCGCCAUCCACAACUCGGACGGCCAGCAGGCCACCAUCCUCAAGGAGGACCUGCCCGGCUUCGUGUUCGAGUCCAAUCGCGGCACCAAACACUCUUUCACCGCCGAGACCUCCUUGGGUAAGUCUGAAGGUUCUGAAUUUGUGACUGGCUGGACAGGGAAGCGCGGCAGGAAGCUGAAGUCCAAGCUGGAGAAGACCAAGCAGAAGGUGAAGACCAUGGCCAGGGACCUGUACGACGACCACUUCAAGGCGGUGGAGAGCAUGCCCAGAGGGGUGGUGGUCACCCUGAGGAACAUCGCCACCCAGCUGGAGUCGGCCUGGGAGCUACACACACACAGACAGUGCAUCGAGGGAGAGAACACGUGGAGGGAUCUGAUGAAGACGGCGCUGGAGAACCUGAUUGUGGUCCUGAAGGACGAGAACACCAUCUCCCCCUACGAGAUGUGCAGCAGCGGCCUCGUGCAGGCCCUCCUUACUGUCCUUAAUAAUAAUGUGGAACUUGACAUGAAGCAUGAUUGUAAGCCAUUGAUGGAGAGGAUAAAUGUAUUUAAGACUGCGUUCAGUGAAAAUGAGGAUCAUGAAAGUCUCUACCUCAGCAGCCGACCCGCAAUUGCCUUAAUCCGGAAGCUGAUUGCAGUUCUGGAGUCCAUAGAACGGCUACCUCUGCACCUGUACGACACGCCGGGCUCCACCUAUAACUUACAGAUCCUGACCCGGCGGCUGCGUUUCCGUCUGGAGCGGGCCCCAGGGGAGACGGCCCUGAUUGACCGCACCGGCCGCAUGCUGAAAAUGGAGCCGCUGGCCACCGUGGAGUCCCUGGAGCAGUAUCUGCUCAAGAUGGUGGCGAAGCAGUGGUACGACUUUGACCGUUCCUCCUUCAUCUUUGUGCGGAAGCUGCGUGAAGGCCAGAACUUCACCUUCAGACACCAGCACGAUUUUGACGAGAACGGCAUCGUCUACUGGAUCGGCACCAAUGCCAAGACGGCCUAUGAGUGGGUGAACCCUGCUGCGUACGGCCUGGUGGUGGUGACCUCGUCGGAGGGCCGGAACCUUCCGUACGGGCGGCUGGAAGACAUCCUGAGCCGCGACAGCUCGGCGCUGAACUGCCACACCAACGACGACAAGAAUGCCUGGUUCGCCGUGGACCUGGGCCUGUGGGUCAUCCCCUCGGCCUACACGCUCCGGCACGCCCGCGGCUACGGCCGCUCCGCCCUGCGCAACUGGAUGUUCCAGGUGUCCAAGGACGGACAGAACUGGACGACCCUCUACACACACGUGGACGACUGCAGCCUCAACGAGCCUGGCUCCACGGCCACCUGGCCCCUGGACCCGUCUAAGGAGGAGAAGCAGGGCUGGAGGCACAUCCGCAUCAAGCAGAUGGGCAAGAACGCCAGCGGCCAGACUCACUACCUCUCCCUGUCUGGCCUCGAGCUCUACGGCACCGUCAGCGGCGUCUGUGAGGACCAGUUAGGUAAAGCUGUGAAGGAGGCGGAGGCCAACCUGCGCAGGCAGCGGCGCCUCUUCCGCUCGCAGGUCAUGAAGUACAUCGUGCCCGGGGCCCGCGUGGUGCGCGGCAUCGACUGGAAGUGGCGCGAUCAGGACGGCAAUCCCCCAGGAGAGGGCACUGUUACAGGCGAGGCGCACAAUGGCUGGAUUGAUGUCACCUGGGAUGCCGGUGGCUCAAACUCGUACCGUAUGGGGGCGGAAGGGAAGUUUGACCUCAAGCUUGCUCCAGGUUACGACCCUGAGUCUGCGCCGUCACCCAAACCUGUCUCAUCCACUGUUUCAGGCACGCCGCCGUCCUGGAGCAGCCUGGUGAAAAAUAACUGCCCGGACAAGGGCGGCUCGAGCCCGGCGGCGGCGGGGGCCAGCUCGUCCAGCCGGAAGGGCAGUAGCAGCUCGGUGUGUAGCGUGGCCAGCAGCAGCGACGUCAGCCUCAGCUCCACGCGCGUGGAGACGAGGAGGGCCGAGAGCCUGCUGGAGGCCGGUGUGGUUGGGGGUGGCGUGCUCGGGGCGGUGGCCGGAGUCGGAGGAGGAGGAGGAGCCGGGGGCCCAGGGGCCGAGGGCCAGGAGCCGGUGGUGGUGCUGUCAUCAUCCCCCGCCACCACGGCGACCAGCGACGCUGGCUCGGCGUCCAGCAGCGGCACGCUGACCGGCGAGGGCGUGGCCGGCGAGAGCGAACGCAAGACGCCCACCGGCGAGCGGCAAGCGGCGGCGGCGGCAGCAGCAGCAGCGGCGGCGGCCGACAACGCGGCCAUCUCCAUGGGCCUGGUGAGCGUCAGCUCCCCCGACGUCAGCUCCGUGUCGGAGUCGUCCAGCAAGGACGCGCCGUCCCAGCGGCCCCUGUGCUCGGCCGCCAGCGCCCGGCUGUCGGUCAGCUCGCUGCUGGCGGCCGGCGCGCCCAUGAGCUCCAGUGCCAGCGUGCCCAACCUGUCGUCGAGGGAGGCCAGCCUCAUGGAGUCGUUUGUGCGCCGCGCGCCCAACAUGUCGCGCACCAACGCCACCAACAACAUGAACUUGAGCCGCAGCAGCAGCGACAACAACACCAACACACUGGGCAGGACUGUCAUGAGCACAGCCACUUCUCCGCUCAUGGGAGCACAGAGCUUUCCUAACCUCACCACCACCGGCACCACCUCCACCGUCACCAUGUCCACCUCCAUAGUAACCAGCAGCAAUAACGUAGCCACGGCAACCACAGGUUUGUCGGUGGGCCAGUUGCUCAGUAACACGCUGACGACCAGCCUGACCUCCACCUCUAGCGAGAGCGACACAGGUCAGGAGGCUGAGUUCUCCCUCUAUGACUUCCUGGACAGCUGUCGGGCCAACACGCUGCUCGCCGAGCUGGACGACGAAGAGGAUCUCCCCGAGCCUGACGACGACGAUGACGAGAACGAGGAUGACAAUCAGGAGGACCAGGAGUAUGAAGAGGUUCUGGAGGAGGAGGAGUAUGAAACCAAAGGCGGUAGGCGUAGGACGUGGGAUGACGACUUUGUGCUGAAGCGUCAGUUUUCAGCUCUAGUGCCCGCCUUCGACCCGCGACCUGGCCGUACCAACGUCCAGCAGACCACGGACCUGGAGAUCCCUCCACCAGGCGUGGCCCCAGGCACCCCGCGCUCCGAGGUGCAGGAGGAGGUGGAGUGCGCCCCCUCCCCGCGUCUCGCCCUCAUCCUGAAGGUGGCCGGACUGGGCAGCACGCGGGAGGUCGAGCUACCUCUGUCCAACUACAAGUCCACCAUCUUCUACUACGUCCAGAAGCUGCUGCAGCUCUCCUGCGGAGGCAGCAUCAAGUCCGACAAGCUGCGGCGCAUCUGGGAACCCACCUACACGAUAAUGUACAGAGAAAUGAAGGACUCCGAUAAGGAGAAGGAGAAAGGAAAGACGGGUUGCUGGUCUGUAGAGCAUGUGGAACAGUACCUUGGCACUGAUGAGUUACCAAAGAAUGACUUGAUAACCUACAUGCAGAAGAAUGCAGACUCCUCUUUCCUGCGCCACUGGAAAUUAACCGGAACUAAUAAGAGUAUUAGGAAAAACAGAAAUUGUUCUCAGCUCAUAGCUGCAUACAAGGACCUGUGCGAUCGCGGCUGCCGGCUGCUGGGCUGGGCAGCGGCCCUGGGCUCCCUGCAGAGCUGCGAGAUCCUGAGCGCGGUGCGCGAGCCCCCGCAGGCCAAGGCCGGCACCUCGCAGAGCGCCUGCGGCGUGGAGGACGUGCUGCAGCUGCUGCGCAUCCUCUACAUCGUCGGCGGAGACUUGGGACGCAGCCUGCUAGAAGAUUUUGAAGAUCUUCAGUUCAAUGCUUCGCCUGAAGAAUUCACCAGCAAAAAAGUUACUACUAAGAUCCUUCAGCAGAUAGAGGAACCACUGGCCCUUGCGAGUGGUGCCCUACCUGACUGGUGUGAGCAGUUAACCAGCAAGUGUCCUUUCCUCAUCCCUUUCGAGACCCGGCAACUGUACUUUACUUGCACAGCAUUUGGAGCCUCUAGGGCGAUAGUGUGGCUUCAGAAUCGGCGGGAGGCCACCAUGGAGCGAACGCGGCCGUCCACGACGGUGCGGAGGGACGACCCCGGCGAGUUCCGCGUGGGCCGCCUAAAACACGAGCGUGUGAAGGUGCCCCGCGGCGAGAGCAUGAUGGAGUGGGCCGAGAGUGUCAUGCAGAUCCACGCCGACAGAAAGUCUGUCUUAGAGGUGGAGUUCCAGGGCGAGGAGGGCACAGGGCUGGGGCCCACCCUGGAGUUCUACGCCCUCGUGGCGGCCGAGUUCCAGCGCACCUCUCUGGGCAUCUGGCUCUGUGACGACGACUUCCCCGACGACGAGUCACGCCAGGUGGAUCUGGGCGGCGGCCUGAAGCCCCCCGGCUACUACGUGCAGCGCUCGUGCGGCCUCUUCCCGGCGCCCUUCCCGCAGGACAGCGACGAGCUGGAGCGCAUCAGCAAGCUCUUCCUCUUCCUGGGCAUCUUCCUGGCCAAGUGCAUCCAGGACAACCGGCUGGUGGACCUGCCCAUCUCGCAGCCCUUCUUCAAGCUGCUGUGCAUGGGCGACAUCAAGAGCAACGUGGGCAAGCUGCUGUACCAGUCGCGCGGCGGCAGCGGCGGCGGCCUCAGCACCAGCACCACCACCACCACCAUGGACUCCACGCUCAGCGAGCGCCACUUCCUGUCGGACUUCCAGUCCACGGAGACGUCCACGGAGGAGGGCCCCGACUGCUACUCGGUGGGCAGCUUCGACGAGGACUCCAAGUGCGAGUUCAUCCUGGAGCCGGCCAAGCCCAAGGCGCCGGCGUGGUACCACGGCCUGCUGACGUGGGAGGACUUUGAGCUGGUCAACCCGCACCGGGCGCGCUUCCUGCGCGAGGUCAAGGACCUGGCCGUCAAGCGCCGGCAGAUCCUGACCAGCAAGACGCUCAGCGAGGACGAGAAGAACACGCGGCUGCAGGACCUCAUGCUCAAGAACCCCAUGGGCUCCGGGCCACCGCUCAGCGUGGAGGACCUGGGGUUGAAUUUCCAGUUCUGCCCGUCAUCCAAAGUGCAUGGCUUCGCGGCUGUGGACCUCAAGCCCAACGGAGAGGAUGAGAUGGUGACCAUGGAGAAUGCAGAGGAGUAUGUAGAACUGAUGUUUGACUUUGGCAUGCACACGGGCAUUCAGAAGCAGAUGGAGGCAUUUAGAGAGGGCUUUAACAGGGUCUUCCCCAUGGAGAAGCUGAGCUCUUUCAGUCAUAAGGAGGUGCAGAUGAUCCUGUGCGGAAACCAGUCUCCAUCCUGGACGGCUGAGGACGUGGUGAACUACACCGAGCCCAAACUAGGCUACACGCGCGACAGCCCGGGCUUCAAUCGCUUUGUGCGGGUCCUGUGCGGGAUGUCCUCGGACGAGAGGAAGGCCUUCCUGCAGUUCACCACCGGCUGCUCCACCCUCCCCCCUGGCGGCCUCGCCAACCUCCACCCACGCCUCACUAUCGUCCGCAAGGUGGACGCCACUGAUGCCAGCUACCCCUCCGUUAACACGUGUGUGCACUACCUGAAACUGCCAGAGUACUCCUCUGAAGACAUCAUGAGGGAACGCCUCCUGGCCGCCACCAUGGAAAAGGGCUUCCACCUCAACUGAGCAUGCUCGGCCCUGGCCCCGCCCCCCCUCCAGCCCUCCCAGAUCCCGCCCCCGUUUAACACAUGACUGACUUGACUCCCCUUGCUGGUGAAGCCUGUUGUGUUUUGUCGCAGUAAACAAAGAAAAAAAAAAAGAAAUGGAAAAAAAAACGAAAAAGCUCCGCUCUCUGAUAUUUACCGCUCUCCCACCAAGCCCCUUCUCCCCUCCUCCCUUCCUCAUUGUCCCAGGUGAAGAAGAAAAAGAAGAAAAAAAAAUAAACACGUCAAGGAAAACAGCUCCAUGUUUGACUCUACUAGCUACUGAUACAGAAGGGGCGUGCCCCCUUAACAAAGACACAUACAUAUUUACACACACACACUCUCAUCACAAACACUCUCUUGCACUCACACCCACAAGCUGUUCCUAUUGGCACAGGGCUGCCGAAGGGCUUGAGUGACAGGUGGCCUCUGCUCCGCCCUCUGCUGCUGUGUUGGUUCAUUCUCUGGCUGUGAGCAUCUGUGUAAAGUUCAACAUAGUUUUAUUUUUCUGCCCUCAAGGUUUUUCUUUUUCCCUCCUUUUUUCCCCCUGCCGCCACUGUUCAGACAGCAUUACUUUUCACCACUCUUUCUCCCACAGAGCUCAGUUGGGUCUGUUUGACUGGGUGGGUGGGUGGGGGGAAACCAGUAAGGCACCUGCUUCUGUAGAGCUAAUAACUACCGUGUUUGGGCAUUCCCCCACCCCCAACCGCCUCCCUCCAUUAACAAGUUUUAAGUUUUACUAGUGCCUGCAUUGUUUGAACUGUUAGGAUUUUUUUUCUUUCUUUUCUCUUUUGUUUUACUUACUCUUACGGCAUACAAUCAUGCACACGCUUAAUCCCCCUCCCUCCCCUUCUCCCCCUUCCGUAUUUGUUUUGCUUUUGUUACAGUGUGAGUAUGUUUUGAUUGUUCAUUGCCCAGCUACAAGGAUCAAAGUCCCUGAGUGCAUUUGUGUCAUUUUACAAUGAAGCUAUAGAGACAAAAAACACUGGUUCUGUGUGCAAGGCACAUUUAAGACAAAAAAAGCAAGCUAUGCUUUCCCUUGUAUUUUCUUUGUAUAUUAUAAACAUUUAUUUAACUCAAGUUGCAGUUUGAAGUAAACAAAUAUUUUCAAAUGUGUAUGCUCCGAAAAAAAAAUCAUUAAAAAAUGUUUGCAAAGUA